UUUCUUUUUAUUUUCACCGCUUGAAAUUAUAUUUUUCACUCGUGACCCAAGAGUAUAAUCACAGGCACAGCAACGCUAAUUCAGAUACUACACAGAACUACACUCUCACAUCUCAUCACCACCGUUAAUCGUUGAAUCGCCGGCGGCAGCCUCCAGGCGCCACCACCGGUUCACAUUCACCUCUUCUGCAUACUUCUCUCUCACGUGUAUCACUUCUUUUUCUCCCUCACGUGCAGAUCUAUUCACCCCUGCAUGUCUGAUCUCUCUGUCACGCGCCGUCCACCGUCCUUCUCCGCCGUCCACCGUCCUCCUCCGGCCAGUCAACACUAACACAAGGGUUUAAUAAUUAAAUUCUUCAAUCCUCCUUCAAUUACUAUCCUCAUUAAUUAACAUCAAAACACUGUCAGUAACCGGUUAUUUUGAGAAGGAUUUUUAUACAGGUAAAAAAAUGGAGUUUGGAGAAACAGACAAAGAGAAGCUUAAUUCACAGACUCCAUGGAUACCCACUACUCCUUUUAAGCCCAUUGUUCAAAGACCAUUGCCGAUCUACACUCCCGGAGAGAGAAAACAGCUGGGUUUUCAUUUCAAUGGCGAAAUUGCAUGUUUUGAAUCUUCAGCUGGUGGUGGAGAUAUUAACCGAAGUUCUCACAGUUGGUCAGAAUCUGCGGCUGCAACAUCAAACAUUGCUCAUGACAAUGGCCGAACUCGUGUACAGAUUUCCUUUGACAAUAUUCCCAGCUCAAGUAAUAGUUUUGCUGAACUCAUGGCUCAGGCAGAGGCUCCUCCUACCUACUCUAAUACAACAUAUGGAUUUUCGGAAAACCAAUUUGUACCUGAUGAAUGGAACUCACAGUUCAACCAAAACUAUGCAUUUCUUGGCCACCAAAAUCUCUGUCAAGAACAACCCUUCAUCAAUUUUAUCCAUGACAAUUACCAAGAUCCUCAAGGCUCAUCAUACUUGGAUUACUAUAGCAAGACCAAUUCUCAGGUAGUCCUGCCUCCAGAAAAUUCCAUCGCAGAAAAAGACAGACAAGUUGUGGAGACACAAAUGAGUACGGAAGAAAGGGGUCAAAGGGAAGAAGAGAAUAAUGCCCCAGCCACAAUGUGCAACAAAAUCUAUGAUCCUGUUAUAGACUUUACUGCUAUUUCUACACCAUGCAAAGAGAAUCACAACUACAAUAAGGAAAUACACCAUGCUAUUGAUCUUAAUGAAUUACCCCAAACAAGACCAAAAAGAAAAAAGCACCGUCCCAAGGUCAUCAAAGAAGGAAAACCCAAAAGAACUAAGAAGCCAACCACGCCAAAGCCAGAUCAAUCAAAAGAAAACUCAAAUGACAAGAGGAAGUAUGCAAGAAAGAAAGAGUUAAACACAACUAAAAAAGAAAUGACAGGGGAAUGCACAAAACCAUCGAUGCCUGAAUUUGCCAAAAAGACAUGUAGAAGGUCCUUAAACUAUGACAUACUAGAACAACCAAGAGCUGGACAUUUUACAUGCAAAGAAAAUGCAACUACAUGUUUUGGUGGAGAAAUUGGCAAGGAAGAUGCACAAUCAAGUCCAAAUGAAUCCAAUAGCAGCAAUAGAAACCUUUUGAGUACAGAACCACAAGAAGUUGGUUCCAAGAGAAAACAAUCUGGUACCAUUGAACAAGCAGACAACAACAAUGUUAAUCUAAUUGGGGCACAAUAUAAUUUAUUGCAAGCAUACCAAUCUAACUAUUGGGUUCAAUUUCCAAAUGUUCAAAAGAAAAAGAGAAGUGAAAAGGGGAAAUUUUCCAACACAUCCAAUAUAUCUUCCAUGACUUCUACGAAAGAUGUACAACUAGCAACGUGCUUUGAAGAAAAUACUAGAUCACAUCCGGUUGCAUCAACUUCUAAUGGCUGGACUUCUGCUUUUGAGUAUGAAACAGCAAGACUCCUAACCAUGCUCAAAGAUACAGAAAGAGAUACCUAUGAUAAAUCUCAAUCGCUUGAGUACAGUUUAUCUUCAAGAAUGACCAUACCGACCAAAAAAAGAUCUAGAGUCACUACCAGAAUUCAUGAUUGUGCUUCACUGACCACAAUUAGAAACCUUGAUGCCAAACUAACUAAUACUGCAAACCUUGGAGGUUUUGAUAGACAAGCGUUUGAGGAUGCAGAAAGACCACAAACAGGCAUUGAUGCUCUAGUUGCGGAGAUGCAUGCAUCACUCACAAAAAAGAAACGAAGUAAAAAGAGAAGUACUCCAAUCACUUCAGCAUAUUCCUGCAUAAAUGAAAUGCAACAUCAUCCGUCAUUCCACAACUCAUUAGAUGUGGCCAUCGGAGAGAGGUGGAAAAACAUGCAUACUGUUGUGGACGCAUUAACACAACAAUUUAGACACCUAAACAUACAUAUAGAAGCUAGAGAGCUUGCGUUGUGGGGGCAGAAUGCACUUGUCCCUUACAACCAGAAAAAUAAAAAACACAAAGGCCUUGUUCAUGGAAAUGGCACCAUCAUUCCCUUCGAGGGCUUGUUUGAUCCCAUCAAGAAACAACGCCCACGGCCUAAAGUUGAUCUUGAUGAGGAAACUAAUCGAGUGUGGAAGCUUCUGCUGUUGGAUAUAAACAGUCAUGGCAUUGAUGGAACUGAUGAAGACAAGGCCAAAUGGUGGGAAAAUGAACGAAAUGUUUUUCGAGGCCGAGCAGAGUCAUUUAUUGCACGGAUGCAUCUUGUACAAGGAGACAGACGCUUUUCGCAAUGGAAAGGAUCAGUGGUGGAUUCAGUGGUUGGAGUUUUCCUCACUCAAAAUGUUUCAGACCAUCUUUCCAGCUCUGCAUUCAUGUCUCUCGCUGCUCGAUUUCCCCUAAAGUCAAGUAGCAAGUACGAUACAUGCCAUGAGGAAAGUGAAAGCUUAAUAGUCAACACACCACAGGUGCAAAUUGUGGAACCAGAAGAAAAUGAAAAGCUGGAAGAAAAAAUAUUGAAUCAACAUGUUCAUGAACUGAGUUCUAUGACAAAAGACAUCAUUGACCAUUCUGAAGAAAGAGAAACUGUUGACAGCAACAGCAUUGAUUCCUGUGUAACUACUGGUAGCUUAAAUAGCUUAAAAGAUGAAUCAAAUUGUAAGCCGUCGGAACCAGAUCAAAGAUAUAUCAUGGAACACAGUACAACGGAAUUUGUUAGUCGCACAAUUGGGGGAGCGCAAGAAAAUUCAUGUCAUGGGGGUGUUAGGAAUGAGUUAAAUACUUUAUUUUCAUCCCAUUGCUCCAUUAUUACAUCUCAAUUGUCUGGAGAUUUUUCAAUUGAUCAAAAUCUCAAGAAGAUAGGAUCAUUCUCAGACAGCAACACAAGAGCAGAAGAUCAGUUAAGCACAACUGAAUACAUUUUUAACAAUAGGACUUCUUUCAGUAAGCCUUUAGCAAUGGUAAGUUCGACCCAGUUACAUGAAGUUAACAGUCAAAUAAGCAAUCCAACUGAGAAUUUGAGAGAUUCAUAUGGUCAAUAUGUAGCUAUGAGCCAUGACAACCUGGAAGAGAACUUGGAAAAAUCAAGUGUUACUCAAAGCUCCUUAGAAGCAAUCAUGACACAAUGCAAUGGCUAUAAUUUAAAAAUGACCCCCAACUCUGGAGUCCUUGAAAUAAACUGCUAUAAUCCUGUCAACAUUGAAGCCUCAUCAAGUGGCUCCUCAAAGAAUAAAAAUGAAAAUAACAAAAGCUCUAGUUCUCUAAUGGAGUCUGAAAGCCAAGCUGCAAUUGCCCAUUCUCACAGCAUGCUAUCCCUAGUCGAUCUUCAACAAAAUUGUGAUCACAGGCAGCACAAAGUUUCCCACAUUUCUGAACAAAGUCAAGAUAUUAUGCAGAAAUCAAGGGAAUUAGAUUUUGGUGACCACAAUUAUGCCAUGAGAAAUGGAAACAGUGAGUUAGACUCUGCCCAUGUAAAAUUAAGGGGCAAGGAGCGUGGGAAAGAGAAAAAGGUUGACUACAAUUGGGAUAGUUUAAGAAAACAGGCGCAAGCUAAGUCAGGGAAGAGAGAAAAGACAGAAAGCACCAUGGACUCUUUGGACUGGGAUGCUGUGAGACGUGCAAACGUUCAUGAAAUUGCUGAUGCAAUCAAAGAAAGAGGCAUGAACAACAUGCUUGCUGAACGUAUUCAGAGUUUCUUGAAUCUACUUGUUGAAAAACACAGGGCUAUUGAUCUCCAGUGGUUGAGAGACGUUCCACCUGACCAAGCAAAAGAAUUCUUGCUCAGCAUAAGGGGAUUGGGAUUGAAAAGUGUGGAGUGCGUGCGACUGUUAACACUGCACCAUCUUGCUUUCCCGGUGGACACAAAUGUUGGGCGUAUUGCAGUGCGAUUGGGAUGGGUACCUCUCCAGCCACUGCCUGAGUCACUCCAGCUGCAUCUUCUAGAGUUAUACCCAGUGUUGGAAUCCAUACAAAAAUAUCUCUGGCCCCGGCUGUGCAAGCUUGACCAAAGAACAUUGUACGAGCUGCAUUACCAGCUGAUUACAUUUGGAAAGGUCUUCUGUACAAAAAGCAAACCAAAUUGUAAUGCAUGUCCAAUGAGAGGAGAAUGCAGACACUUUGCAAGUGCUUUUGCAAGUGCAAGGCUAGCCCUCCCAGGACCGGAGCAGAAGAAUAUCGUUAUCACAACUGGAAACAGUGCACCUGAUCAGAACCCAUCAGUCAUCAUCAAUCAGUUUCCCUUGCCUCUCCCUGAAAACACAAACCAAGUAGAGGAACUUCAACAAACAGUAGUGAUCAGGCAAUUUGAAACAAAAUCUGAAAUCAAUUGCUGCCAACCCAUUAUUGAAGAGCCAACAACUCCAGAGCUAGAAUGCUCCCAAGUAUCUGAAAAUGAUAUUGAGGAUGCUUUCUAUGAGGAAUCAAAUGAAAUUCCAACCAUCAAAUUAGACAUAGAAGAGUUCACUAUGAAUGUACAAAAUUAUAUGCAAGAAAACAUGGAACUUCAAGAAGGUGAAAUGUCAAAGGCCUUGGUUGCUCUAGAUCAAGACACUGCUUGCAUUCCUACACCGAAGCUAAAGAAUGUGAGCCGGUUGCGCACGGAGCAUUUUGUUUAUGAACUCCCAGAUUCGCAUCGUCUUCUGGAGGGGUGGGACAUGCGGGAACCUGAUGAUCCAGGCAAAUACCUUCUAGCUAUAUGGACUCCAGGUGAGACAGCAAAUUCUAUAGAGCCACCAGAAAGAAAAUGCAGCGCUCAGAACUAUGGCCAGCUCUGUAAUGAGGAGGAAUGUUUUUCAUGCAACAGCCUCCGCGAAGCAAAUUCACAGAUAGUUCGAGGGACAAUCCUGAUACCAUGUCGAACGGCUAUGAGAGGGAGCUUUCCAUUAAACGGCACCUAUUUUCAAGUCAAUGAGGUUUUUGCCGAUCAUGACUCAAGUCUUAACCCAAUUAGCGUUCCCAGAAGUUGGAUAUGGAACCUCAAUAGGCGAACGGUACAUUUUGGAACCUCCAUACCGACCAUAUUCAAAGGUUUAUCAACACAAGAAAUUCAACAGUGCUUCUGGAGAGGGUAUGUCUGUGUGCGAGGAUUUGAUAGGCAAACACGAGCACCCCGUCCACUGAAGGCUAGACUACAUUUCCCAGCUAGCAAGCUGGCCAAGAAUAAGGAGACAACCAAAAAAGACUCCAAGGUGGCAAACUCACAAGGAUUGAAUUUGAAAUCAAAUGCAGAACAGCCAUAAUAUAUUUUCAGCAUUCCCAACAUUUGGAUGAACAGCUGCGGAUCCAGAAGGCACAUAUUUAUUCAUCCUGUAAUAUGUGUAUAAUAACAAGGUCAUUGCUAACCAACUUUAAUCUCUCCUAGUCAUGCUAAGAGACCGGUAAGUUUUUUUAGACCAGGACCAAGAUUGUAUCAUGGUAACAUGUAGGUUUCUUAGCUUCGUGAAGAGGAAUGUGACAAAAUUAUUUUCCAGUUUGAAUUUUAUGAACUUCAUUUGGCCAGUUCCAUUUGCGCAAUUAGUCCAAAUUUUACUUCUAAACAUUCCUUUGAUGAUGUAGAAAAGAUGUGGUACUAAUUUCUCCAAAUAAUCAUAAAAAUAAAAAUGAUUCCUCCAAGUUGAGUGUUUGACA